AUGUUAUUGAUUGCGACUUUUCUUGUUUUCCUUGCUGGUAGUGUACAUGGCCAAUAUCAACUGAUCUAUCGUGAUGGUGCUAAACUCUGUUCACAAUGGAUAUUAACCACCGGUGGACAAAUGUCGCUAUCAUAUGUAAACAAUCAAGAAUGUGUUGGACAAGUUGGUAUCGAACAGAGCGGUUCACAUAUCCGUCUCUGUUGUCAAGGAAUGGCUACAACUACAGGUUCAUCGGUUUUUCCUCGCGAAUGUGGUAAACAACAAUACCAACCAUCAAAGACUCGUAUUGUCGGAGGAGUACAUGCACAUCCAAAUUCAUGGCCUUGGCAAGUUCGUUUACAACUCGGUGGUGGUCUCUGCGGUGGAACUCUCAUCGAUACAAGACACGUUCUCACAGCAGCUCAUUGCUUUCAAUCACCACUUACCUUAUCAAGAUACUCUGUCUACAUCGGCAUGCACGAUAUCAAUCAACCAGUCUAUAGUGAACAGAAAAUGGCUGUUGAACGAGUUUUUAUUCAUGAACAAUACAAUACAAACACUCAAGAGAAUGAUAUUGCUAUUAUUCGUCUUGCGACACCUGUCACAAUUUCAGACAAAGUGAACGUUAUCUGUUUACCGGGUCCUGAAGCUACCGUUACUAAUGCUACAGUUUGGGUUGCUGGCUGGGGUACAACAUCGUUUCAAGGUUCAACAAGUCCAGUUUUGAAACAAACAUCACUACACACAAUGCCAAAUCGAUGCGGACAAAUCUAUGCUAACUUUAAUACUCAAAAGCAAAUGUGUGCUGGUGCUUAUGGUGGUGGUCGCGAUACAUGUCAAGGAGACUCUGGUGGUCCAUUGAUGUACGAAUCAAAUGGUCAAUGGUUUGUGAAUGGUGUUGUUAGUUAUGGUUAUCAAUGUGCAGUCAACGGUUAUCCUGGUGUCUACGCUCGUGUUAGUUACUAUCUUCCAUGGAUCCGAAACAAAUUAGCUACGGCUUGA